AUGGACGGAAAUUCUAAAGCGUAUAAAAAAGCCAUCGAGUUAGAUGCUAAGGGGUAUCUAGGGAAACUUCAAAAAGAUUACAAGGAGUCGGUUGAGGAUGAGCCAGAAGGAGUUUCACAACCAAUGGGCUCAGUGUUGACUACAGUCGCUGAAGUAGCUACUGCCGGAUUGAAUUGGCUAAAGGGGGAUAAGCAGAGCAAUGAUGAUGGUGAAGAGUUUGAGAUUGAGGAACCAGUUGUCCAUGUACAGACAUCUGAUGACUCUUCUGAGACUCAAGAUGAUUUACAUGAGGAUGAAGCUACGUCAUCCGUAUUAGAGAAAGAGAAGUCAGAAAUAAAAUUAGCCAUAGAAAAGAUGAAAUCUCAUUAUUUUCCUGGGAAGUCUCCGACCUUCUCAAUUAAUCUUCAGCCGGAUGAGCAUGAGAGAUUCCAUGUAUUUUGA